GUCAACACUGAGACCGGUUCAGUUGUAUGCUCCUUUAACUUAAAUUAUCCUUAAUGAUGCGGUUCUUUUUAAUCGGGGCGAUUUUACUGUCAAUAGCAGCUGCUUAUUAUAUUUAUCUUCCUCUUCCCAGCACUAUAUCAGAGCCAUGGAAGCUUAUGUUUAUGGAUGCAAUAUUACGUGGUAUAAUGCAUGUGAGUUUUUUCGCUCAUGAUCUUGGACUGAGUAACCCCUUCGAUCUUAUGAGAUAUGCUGCAUCAUGGGACGUGAUAAGGGGUCCACAAUCCAGUUCAGCUGUUCGAGUGACAGAUACCUCCUUUUCUGGUGUGCAGGCACAAGUGUUUGAGUCCACCUCAACAGGCCUGAAGCGACAAUCAAAAAGAGGUGUAGUCUAUUUCCAUGGAGGUGGAUGGACACUCGGCAGUGGAAAGAUGCAAACGUAUUUCCUUCAGUGCAGGACUAUGGCUGAAGUUUUGGAUGCAGUUGUAAUAUCUAUUGAGUACAGGUUGGCACCAGAGGCACGUUUCCCAGAUCAGUAUAAUGACGCGCUUCAGGCCUCAAAACGUAUCCUGACAGCAGAGGUGCUGGCUCAGUACUUGAUAGACCCAGAAAGAUUAGCUGUGUCAGGUGACAGUGCUGGGGCCAACCUAGCUGCUGCUGUUGCUCAACAGAUGGCCUUGGACAGCAGUGCUCCUAUUAAGUACAAAGUUCAGGCCCUUCUGUACCCUGUACUCCAGGCCUUGGACUUCAACACACCCUCCUACCAGCAGAAUGGCAACAUUCCCAUCCUUCACCGUCCGCUCAUGGUCCGCUUUUGGCUGGAGUACCUUGGUGGGAAUCCCAGACUUGUUUCCUCUUUGCUAGCUAACAACCACACAGCUCUGAAUCAGGGCCACAAGAUAGCCGCAGCUAAAGCUAAGAUAAACUGGACACAACUUCUUCCAGUUGCUUUUCAGAAGAACUACAAGCCUGUGGUUCCACUUCAGGGUGACCCAAAGCUGUUAGAGGAGCUGCCAGGUUUGCUAGAUGUGAGAGCGUCCCCUUUACUAGCUGAAAAGGAAGCACUGAAGGCAGUACCGCCCACCUACAUCAUGACCUGUGAGCAUGACGUGCUGAGAGAUGAAGGACAAAUGUACGCCAGAAGGCUAAUAGAGGCCGGAGUGGCUGUCACUGUUGAUCACUACGAAGAUGGUUUCCAUGGAUGCUUGAGUUUCGCUUUUGGGCCCUUUCGAUUCUCUGUGGGAAUGCGAAGUUUUAGAAACUACAUCCAUUGGCUGACCAAAAACCUCUAGCAGGUUCCGAGUCAAAUAAGGCCAAUGUUUCCCACUGUUAUUUUAAAUGUGCUAUAAAGUUCACUCCAAAAAAAAAAUAAAAAAAAAAAAAAAAAAUGAAAUUGUUCCACAGAAGAAAUUAAGUCAUAUGGGUUUGGAAUGACAUGAGGGUGAGUAAAUGAUGACAGAAUUUUCAUUUUGGGUGAACUAUUCCUUUAAAUACAUUUUGAUUUUAAACUUUAACAAAAGCUUUUUGGAAUUAAAAUGCCAUUCAACAUCUCAAUGCAACAGAGUCAUUGUGAAGAACUGAAUGGGAAUAAAAGCACAGCGAUUUA